GUGAUGCACGUGUGAGUUAAGUGAGCUCUAUUCUGCAGCCUGAGAGACAUUUCACUAAGGCAAAGCACAGUCAAGUACGAUAGGGUAAGAGGUGCAGCGACAUAUUACCCUUGUCCUAACCCAGUGCAUUAAAUAGACAGAACUGAGUGAACAGAAACCACUACRAAGUUCACUAGUGACGCGCAGUUUACAAAUUCCUACGAUUACACUUUUAACUACACUUCUCUGUACCAASACUAUCAGAGCACAAUGCCAAAGUCUUUUCUUUUAAAACGACGUUCCAAUAACGGCUCAGAUAUCCAAGAAACAAACACGACAGAGUUAGUUAAAAAAGCCAAAAGCACAUCAGAAAUCAGGCAGCAGUUUAUUUUCCCGACUUCACUGCAGUAUCAUGAACAAGGGUCGCUCUUACAGUUUCGCCCCUAUUCAAGUGCUUUUGAGGCUUAUCGCCGUGAUUUGAACCGCGAUUUUCUUUUCCAUUCAGCGCUACAAGAGAUGCGCUGUUCUUACCCCGUACCCAUCUUUCAUAACCGACCUUUAUUACUUCAAAAUUCGUUACAAGAUCCCAUAGAAGGAAAUUAUCGAAACUAUGAGCUUAUUCCAAAGCAAGAGAAUGCAGUCUAUCCGAUUUUCCAAGACCAAGAUCCGAAUGAAAAAUUGGAAGGGAAGAUUGCCAAGAAAAGAGAAGACUUUUUCACAGCGUUAAACCUCGAUGAUGUUGACUUCAAAGAAGAACCCUUGGCGUGCAAACAAUGCGGGAAGACCUUCAAGACGAAGUACACCCUGGCAAUUCAUAUGAGAAUGCCUUCACAUACUGGAACAAGGCCUUUCGUUUGUGGUAUUUGUGGCAAAGGAUUUCGCUUGUCGAGCACCCUUUGCCGGCACAAAAUCAUCCAUACUUCCGAACGCCCUCACAAAUGCCACCUUUGUGACAAAGCGUUUAAUCGAUCAUCCACCUUAAAAACUCAUAUUCGUACACACAGUGAGUCUAAAGAGUACGUCUGCGAGACAUGUGGCAAGGGGUUCCACCAAAAAGGCAAUUUAAAAAAUCACAUCUUAAUUCAUACUGGCGAGAAGCCGUAUAAGUGUCGACUCUGUGAGAAAGCCUUCAACAAACUCUCAAACCUAAAGUUCCACAUGCAUGUCCAUACCGAUAAUUCACCUUACCGCUGCAGGUUCUGCAAAGUGAGUUUUACCCGUCGCUGCGACCUGAAAUUUCACAUUGCAAACGUUCACAAUGAAACUGAAGAAGAAAUAAACAAGUAAAACCCGAAGAAAGUCUCAUAAAAGCUGAUGACAUUUCUCUUAGAAAACCGCUUUCUGUACAUAGAAAAUUAUAUACAUCACAGUACUCCUAAAUGUGUUAAACUUUCAACGGAACUGCGGUCAGAAUAAUAAUCAUAGAAGUAGUGUUAUUUGUUGAUUUUUGAUAGUAGGAAAAUAAACUGGUACUUGAACGUACAGUGAAGUAGUGUACAGAUAUUAAGGUAAAGAUACUGUAAAGGUUUACUAUAAAUUUAUUCAGUGUUAUUUAUUGAUUUUUGAUAGUAGGAAAAUAAGGUGGUACUUGAAUGUACAGUGAAGUAGUGUACAGAUAUUAAGGUAAAGAUACUGUAAAGAUUUACUAUAAAUUUAUUCAGUGUUAUUUGUUGAUUUUUGAUAGUAGGAAAAUAAGGUGGUACUUGAAUGUACAGUGAAGUAGUGUACAAAUGUUAAGAUAAAGAUACUGUAAAGAUUUACUAAAUUUAUUAUAAGAUAAGAGCCUGUAAGACGGAAUUAAAACUCCUAGAGUGUUAAUGAUAUCGGCGCGCAUUCUGUUUUAAGAAGAGAUGCAAAGUUAUUUCUUUACAACUGUAGAUAGAUGACGAGAAUCCUAACUAAUAAAUAUUCAGUUAAAAAUUACUAACUAAAAUAUAUCAUAUCAGGUAAAAAAGUUUCAUUUUGAUUUAUUGUUGAAGCGAAAUAAAAGUUAGAAAGCCAGAAACAAAAAAAAGUUUAAGUCAAAAAAUUGUACAAUAUGAUAUUUUAGUUUGUUUUUACCAAGUUUAUUUAUUUGCAUUGCAAUUUUUUGCUGUUUUUCGUCCUGGUAGUAUAGUUUAUUUAAGAUUUCUUAAUGGACCGGACAUUUGAAGAGUGUGCUAAACGGUUAUAAUGAAUUGUAGCUGGGCCACCUAACUGUCAAAACGAACACUUGUUAAUAAAGAGCUUUCAUACUCUAGA